AUGGGCGACCCAAAUUGGCCGCGUGUGUCCUUUGAACGUCUGCGCGAGGUAGAGCCAAUUCGGGCCCGGGUCGGGCUCCGGCUCAAGCCGUUUCCAACCCCGGCCAUCGACGGCAGCGUGAGGUACUCGUCUCGGCGCCAGGUCUUAUCGCGCACCUGCCCGCACAUGCGCCACUCCUGGUUCGCCCAUGCCGUCGGGCCGGCGGCGCCGCCCGAGCGCCUGGCCGCCGAGGCGCGCAAGACCCUAUUCCAUCUCCUCGAGGGCGUCGUGCCCCGGGCGCCCCGGCCCAAGGAGCCCGAGAGGCCGCCUGUCGACUCGGAGCCGCCACCGAGCUUCAACGUGCCGCCGCCCAGGCCCGACUUUCUCCUGGGUUCGGGCCACCCCUUAGUCAACCCGCAGCUUUUCCCGGGCCCGCCAGAGCUGAUCCCCACGCCGCCCGUCCUGCAGGUGCCGCCCGGGCAGCAGUUUCUCCCGGCCCCGGUCGAGCAACCUACCCCGGGGUAUGGAAUCCCGCGCUGCGUCCCGCCCCGCGAGAGGGUGCUGUCACAGGACGAGCAGGCCCGCGACCGCAGGCGGGUGCUCAAGGUCUUCGACGACGCGGUGCGCGAGGCGAAUCCUCCGGCCCCGGGCGCUGGACUUGAGGAGCCGUCGCCCUCGUUCGAGCAUUUCCCGAGGCUGCCGGCCGAGCUGCGCCUGGAGAUCUGGAAGCACGCCCUCGGCUUUGGAGGGGGCAGGACUUUUACCGCAGAGUAUAACCAGCCUGGAAUGGCCAGCACCUGGAGCUCUCGGCUGGCGAUGCCGCUGAUGGCACGGGUGAAUAGGGAGGCCCGCGCGGUCGCCCGGGCGGCCGUCCGUGUCAGGGAGCGGUCCGAGUCCGGAAAGAAGGAGCUGCGGGCGUGGGUCCUGCCCGGCGACUCGAUCCAUAUCGGCUCGCCGCUGGACAAUUCCAGGACCGCCAGCCGCUUCGAGAAGGCCAUGCCUGCCUUCACCAGCCUGGCCACCUUCUUUGGCCCCAUUGUCGAGUACUCCGAGCGCCCCCGGGCAAGGGCUUAUGCGAAAAUAUCCAGGUGCUUCAGACGCGCCAGGACCGUCAUGGUCGCCGUGCAAAUCAUCCACAUCAUCAUCAGCACGGGCGACGGCGCGGCAGCCAAGACGGCCAAGGACCUCUCGCUCGACCCGGACCAGCCCUUCAUCAGCACCGACGUGGAGCCCGACGGGCCCGACGCCGCCACGACCUACCGGGUGUACGACACGGGGCUGAUAAAGUACCUCGCGUCGCCGCUGCGCGCCUCGGUCGUCGUCCCCCUCUCGGACCGGGCGCGCAUCGAGGAGCUGCUGGCGAUCGGGACGGCGGUCGGGCAGUUUGGGGACGGCCUGUCCUCGCUGCCCUCGCGGCUGCUCGCCAUGGGGUCCCACUCCAACGCCUACUGCCUCGACGACUGCCUCCAGCGCUGGUGGCUCGCGCACGGGCUCCCCAAGGUUCGGGCUGCGUUUGAGAAGAGGAUGCGCCCAGGUUCGCGCCUGCCCGACUUUGUGCCUGCGGUUCAAUUCACGUUUGAAUGGCCUCGGGACGAGAGCGAGUGA